GCCAAGCAUCGAGACGCUGGUCGCUCGAGUGCGAUAUCUUGCCAGGUCCUCCCCAUUCACACUCUAUGCUCCAUGCUGGCAGCUAGCUACCGGUACCAGUAGCACAGCCAGUGUCCACAGUUCGCAGAAAUCUUGAAGUGCGUUGUUCUCCAACCAACUUGAUUGUAGGAACCUAAUCGAUUUUAGUUUAGAGAUUGAGAGAUUUUUCAUGAGUGGAGAAAAGAACUUGGACGUGCUCUUGGCCAAUAUGAUUCCUGAGCUCCAAUCACAAGCCUACGUCUUUGCGUCGAUGUCGUAUUGUGGCUUGAAAACGGACGAAACGACUCGAAAGACUCUCGUGGGAGCUCUCUUAGACGACACCAACCUCUCUGUGAUUGCACUGUUUCAGGAGAAGGAGGGCAUGACCGUAUACUGCACCGAGGAAUUCCUGACGUCUCAAGUUCCCAAGGAACUAAUCCUAGAAUCCAGCCAACCCAUGGGAAUGAUUACGCUGCAGAUUCACUCCGCCCUGGAUGCUGUGGGGCUUACGGCUGCGUUUGCCACCGAACUGGGCCAGCACGGAAUAUCUGCCAAUGUCAUGGCAGGGUUCUAUCAUGACCACAUUUUUGUUUCCGGCGGACUCGAAAUGGGACGAAAAGCAGUCCAAGUGCUACAGUCUUUGAGUGCUCGCAAGAAGGAGGAGCAGUCGAGUGCUUAACAUAAUUCAAUAGAAGGUCACUACUGUACAGUGUAAUUGGUUCUACUAGCUGGCU